UGGGGUGCAGGGCUCCCUGCCCACCUGCUGCUCUGUCGACACAAACAUGUUUCCUUGGGUAACGGUGCCUCUGGGGCACCCAGGCUCUCUCCUCCUACUCAUCCUUUGUGUCUUUGCACAAACUGGGGUGUGCACAGAGGUCACCUGCCUCCCACACCUCUAGAUCAGGAUCUGCCCUGGGGCCUCCUCACUCAGGUCUCCUCUAACCCACAGAGCUCUGAGAGAGCAGCUGGGGCCGGGCCAUGUCCCCAGCUGGGCCCCUCGCUCCCAUGGCUGCGCCUUCCCGUCCUUCCUCCCUCGUGGGCAGAGAUGACAGAGUUCCCACUCGGACUGGGGGAGGCGAGGCCACACGAGUGCAGGGACAGGGUGUCCUGGCAGAGGAGGCCUGGAGGGAGGUGUCUGUGGCCAGCACUUGGACUCAAGGCCAGGGCCAGCCCGGAAGGCUCCUGGGUGUUCCAGAGCUGGGGGAACGGAGGCAGAGGUGCCGGCUCCUGCAGCAAUGUCCUGGCGGCCUGGGAGUUGGGCUCUGCCCUGGGCCCUGCUGCCCCUUCUCAGCUUCCAGUUCCUGAGCAUUCACACAUGGUGCUCUGAAGAGGAAAGGGAAAUUCUGAGUAUACAGUCCAAGUAUCCCCUGUUCAGUGCAGCGGUGGGGUUUGCCUUGGAAGUUUUCAACCAGCAGAUGCAGGACGAGUAUGCAUACGGGCUGGAACGCACCUUGCAAUUCUGGAAAGAGGAGAAGAUCUUCCCAACUGUCUUCUCCAUGGAACUGAGACUGCACCGAACCCUCUGCAAGAAAACUGAAAAGGACAUUGAAAACUGCCCCUUUCAAGAAAGCCCCGAGCUGAGCCGGACUUUCAAGUGCUUCUUCACCGUGAACACUCCACCCUGGUCACUUGAGUUCCAACUCGAGAAGAAGAUCUGCGAAGAGGAAUUUCUCUAACUGCGACCCAGCUGCACGCCUGGCCAGGCCUCACCUCUCCACGGGGAUAACAGUUCCCCCGGCGAGCCUGAGGCUGCUCUUCUGGGCUCAGCAGCUCCGAGCUUCUUUGCUCUCUCUCUCUCUCUCUCAUAGCUGUUCCAGGAUUCCUGAGUGGCACCUGGCCCCUGUCCCUGGACCGUCCACUGCUGCCCAGCUUCACGGUGUAGAAUCAGUCAUUAAAGCUCAGCGUGUCCCGCUGGCUGAGUGCUGUGCUUCUCUGUACUGGGCUGGGCCGCGAUGGUGUGGGUCUCAGCAGGGCAGUCCUGGGGACAUCAGGGUUGGAGAUCUUCCCCCAUGCCGGGCUGCCCCAGGGGCUCCAGAGUUUAGCACAUGCCCUUCUGAGCUUCUAACUCAGGGCUCAUGGAGAUGACCCAGGCAGCCAGAGGUGCAGUGACUGUGACCUCCCGGGGCACCCCCAGGUACCAUGGAGUUCACACACAGUCUCAGGCCCCUCACUGCACCUGUGCCUUCCACGUUGGAGGGGAGGCUCACCCUCCUUUCCCUGCCGAUCAGCACACAGUUUGGGGAAGCAAGGACUCCCGGGUUCCCACAUGGAGUUAUCCUGGCAUCUGGAGCAGUGGCAUCUCCUGGGAGCCCCUCUGACGAGUGCCCCUCCUGCUCUGGAACAGAGUCUGCCUUGCCACACCUCCCUGGGGGAGGCAUGGACAACGGAUGCUGAGUGACACUGGCGUAGCUGACACUACUAAGACCUUGGCUGAGUCUAGGAACCAGUGUGGAAGAAGCCAGAACGUUUUCUGAGCAGCCAGACUGCCAGGGUUCUGGCCCCUGGGGGCGGGUGCUUCCUCUCUCCACUGCCCGUGUUACUGUUGCUGUUGCUGUUCACAGGGGCCAUAGAGGAUGCAUGGACCAGUGCGAGCGGCUGUGUUCCAGGGACACUGCACACAAACACACACACAGAGGCAGUGGGCGGGCAGCUUCGGCCCUCAGGCUGCAGGUCUCAAUCACUGACACUAAGAGCUCUCGUGUGUGCUCCAGUACCUGGUGCCCCCAAUGCCACCGUGCUGCCCGCUGUCCCCUGCAGCACCUGCAUUUCUCCAGCUGGGCUCAGGCCCAGGAGCUGCAUCAGCACAGCAGGUUCACCUGUGGGUGUGGGAGAAGCCACGUCUGAGGUCCACCACCACCCCCAGCAGGGAGGCAGGUAUAUGUCCCAUUCCCACGCUCCCAACGUCAGGGCCACCAACCAGAGGACAAUUUUCGCCUCAGUUCUCCCAGCUUCCUUGGCAGCAUUAACGCCCUUGGCCCAUGCUCUGGGCUCUAGAAAAAGAGCUCUGGAGAUUCCAACUAAAGAUUCAACAACUUGCACUUUGCAAAGAAGACUUGACCUCCUCUCCAUGAGUGUGUCUUCUGCAGGAAUCCCCAGCUACACCCGACCUGCAGAGGGCUAGCAUCCAGAAUGCCCUGAAGGCUUUGUUCAAAGCCAAGUUCUCUGUCCACUCACCCUAGGACUUGAUGAACCCAGUUGGUCUGGCCAAGGCCAAGAAAACUACAUUCCUAUG